AUGCCAGCCGCCUUACACUCCUCAUACAACCGCAUCCUCCUCACCCUCCCGGCCGAGUCCCGAGCAGCAUCCGAGGAGCUGGGCAGUACCCGUGCCGAGCUGAGAUCGACGCUCUCGACGCUGGCCUACGACAUCUCGGAGCUCGACGAUGUCGUGCGUGUGCUCGAAGAAGACCUCUCCCCCUCCUCGACCACUACCACCACUACUACUGCUGCUGCCCAUCGUAAAUCCAAGUUCGGCGUCAGUCUCGACGAGGUCAGGAAGCGCAGGGCAUGGCUGGCCGAGGUCCAACAACAAACAAUGCGAGAAACGGUGGAGAUGCCCCUUGAUUCGAACCCCGGCCGAUCGACAUACCACCCCCUCCUCCCGUCGCCCACAUCGCCUGCAGCCCACCGGACACCCCCCGGCGCGCAGUCCGAUCGCCGGUCUCGGCCACCCGGCGGGCAGCCCCGGAGCCGGCUCGGCGACGACCUCGAGGCGCAGCGGGGGGCGGAGCAGGACACGGAGGAGUUCUACCACCACCAGGAAGCGAUGAUGAUGAGGCAGCAGGACCAGACGUUGGGCACGAUCUCAGGGGUGGUGGAUGUGUUGAGAGAACAAGCAAGCCUGAUGGGCCAGGAGCUCUCGGAGCAGAACGAGAUGCUGGAUGGGCUCGAGGACGGCAUCGACGGGGCGGAGAGCAAGCUGGCGAGGGCGAGCCGGACGCUGCACGCGUUUGUCGGGCAGAACAAGAAUUCCACGUCCAGCUGGGCCAUCCUCAUCCUGAUCAUCGUCCUGACCAUCCUGCUCAUGGCCAUUCUCCUCACCUGA